AUGGCUCGGCUAACGCGCCACUGGCCACUCGCGCAUCCCCUGAUCGCUUUGACCACGGCUGGGCCACAAGGACCUGCCCAAUCCGGCGUUGUAUCGCCUUUCGGCCUGGUUUCCAAGGGCCGGCCACCGCCGCCCGCGCACCGCGAGUCCUCCGUGUAUCAAUCACAAUGCACACCUACCAUCCUCGCCGACGACGGCGUCCCAGCGACGCUCGACGUAUGCACCACGCAUAUACCCACCUAUGUACAGACCAUCCAGCAUUCGCAGCCAACCGCGAACAACCACGACCUGCUCCGCGCGAGCUCUGACUCGUUAUCCCGCCAUCAGGAAGACUGGCGGCAGACAAUGGAAGCGGCCGAGCUGAACUCUGAGACUGCGAUCACUGCCGACGCAUACGCCUAUUAUCGCGGCGCGUAUUUCAACACCCCGUCGGGCCCGACUUUGCUCGGUUUCGACCGGUCUCACACGAUGUCACGUCGUGAAUCACGGGAGGACGGGACGGAUGGUAUACCGGGGGCGGAUGGGGCAUCGUUCCAUUCGCAAAAUCAGUCUGCUGCAGCAGGCUCAUGAGGCCAUCUCGGCGAAGUAAAUCCUUACUUCCAGAUGAGCGCCAGCAGCUCGUGGGCACCCUUCAUCCUGGCGGUGGUGUAGGCUUGGUGGGCCAAUUUGUUGACCACUUUGCUGUCCGUGCUCCCGUCCUCGCGCGUCUGACUUCUCACAUCCGUGCCGAUGAACUUGUUGCUCUUGCGAAACAGGUCUCGGAUGCUCGUAGCUCGCUUGCGCUUCUCCUCAACCUUCUGGGGCCGGGCCGAGGGCUGCCGAUCUGUACCUACGGGCGUGCCGGUAUCUGGAGCGAUGCAUUUUGGGCGCGUAUGGCCAUCUCCGGGACACUAGCCGGCGUCGGAACCAGUCCACAGGACAAGUCGGGCAAAGCAGAGAGAGGCCGGAGGCGUUCACAGGCGAGAAUCAUCUAUCCAUUGUCGUGUACAAGAUCAUCGACAGGCGGUCGUACGUUGUAGAG